AUGGAGGCACAGAAACGAACAGAACGCGAGCCUUGUCCGAGGCAGCGGGCUAACUUUCUCUCAUACAUCAUAUUCGGAUGGACGAUACCGAUCUUCUUCAAGGGCUACAAGAAGGAGCUGAACACGGACGAUCUGUAUCAGCCGCUGAGGGAGCACAAAUCGGAUGGACUGGGUAAUGCCCUGUGCGAGGCCUGGGAAGACGAGCUAAAGCAGGCUCGCUCAAAGAACCGGAAACCAAAGCUGCUAAGGGCUGGGUUUCGCGUGUUUGGUUGGGAAAUAGCCUUGCUCGGGCUUGUGUUGCUGACUUUGGAGAUGCUUUUUAAAGUUUCUCAGCCCUUUUUCUUGGGCAAGCUUGUGGCGUACUAUUCCCGCCAAGAGGGUGACAUCACUGAGGCGUACCUUUACGCGGCAGCUGUUGUAUUGUGCAGUGCGAUCAACGUCUUGUUCAUCCAUCCGUACAUGUUAUCCCAGUUGCAUCUUGGCAUGAAGUUGCGUGUGGCAGCCUGCAGUAUGAUCUACCGGAAAUCGCUCCGGUUGAGCAAGACGGCCCUCGGUGACACUACCGCUGGACAGGUGGUGAAUCUGCUCUCAAAUGAUGUUGGUCGGUUGGAUUUGGCUGUACUAUUCGUGCAUUACCUGUGGAUUGGGCCACUGGAGACGCUGGUUGUGACAUACCUGAUGUACAGGGAAAUCGGGCACUCGGCGGUAUAUGGAGUGCUGUUUUUGCUGUUAUUCAUACCACUACAGGCGUACCUAGGCAAGAAGACUUCCGUGUUGCGAUUACGCACGGCGUUGCGUACCGACGAGCGAGUUCGGUUGAUGAACGAAAUCAUCCAGGGUAUCCAAGUGAUCAAGAUGUACACGUGGGAGAAACCGUUUGCCGGACUCGUGGCAAUGGCACGGAAGAAGGAGAUCAAAGUAAUUCGAUACGUGUCGUACAUCCGCGGUAUCCUGUUGUCGUUCAUCAUGUUUACCACACGCGUGUCUAUCUUCCUCAGCCUGGUGGCAUAUGCCCUAGCCGGUCAGGUUGUGACGGCUGAGAAGGCGUUCGCCAUCACGGCGUACUACAAUAUACUGCGCACGACGAUGACCAUCUUCUUCCCGCAGGGCAUUGGACAGUUCGCGGAAGCACUCGUGUCCGUGCGCCGCAUUCAGAACUUCAUGCAGUACGAGGAGAUCGAGUCGGCCCAAGGCGUUUCAAUGACUGCUAGUGGCGACAACGAGCUUACGUCGUCGUCUCUGUCCGAAUUGGACGAGAAAUCGCACAUCGAUCCCGAACCCGUCGAGACCAACAAUCACCUGUCGGAUGCGGGAGUGAUCGUUGAAAAGGCCGUAGCUCGGUGGGAUCCGAAGGCGACGGAACUAACACUGGACGGUGUUGAUCUGCAUGUGCAACCCGGCACGCUUGUGGCCGUCAUCGGACCAGUCGGGGCCGGCAAGUCGAGCUUGAUUCAUGCGAUUCUCGGUGAGCUUCCGCUGGAAUCCGGUCGAAUCAAGGUGAACGGGGACGUAUCAUACGCCUCCCAGGAACCGUGGCUGUUUUCCGGCACAGUCCGGCAGAAUAUUCUGUUCGGGUUGCCGAUGAACCGUGAUCGUUAUCGGCAGGUGGUGAAAACGUGCGCCCUCGAGCGUGAUUUUCAUCUGUUCGCGGACGGUGAUAAGACGAUCGUAGGUGAACGCGGAGUUUCGCUUUCCGGUGGCCAGAAGGCUCGUAUCAGUUUGGCCCGAGCCGUAUACCGAAGGGCGGCCGUGUACUUGUUGGACGAUCCGCUUAGUGCAGUCGAUUCGCACGUUGGCAGGCAUCUGUUCGACCACUGCAUGCGCGACUAUCUGCGAGGCAAGAUCGUGAUCCUGGUGACGCACCAGCUGCAGUAUCUGCAGAAUGCGGAUCAAAUCGUCGUGAUGAUGCAUGGUCGAGUGGAGGCCGUCGGGACGUACGAUAAGCUGCGCAAGAGUGGUCAAGACUUUGCCCAGUUGCUGGUGGCCCCGUCUGGGAAGGAGGAUGAUAGCACGGACACGGAGUCGAUGAAGCGCUCGGGUAGCCUGUAUAAGCGUCAGAACAGCGAAUCGAGCAUGGAUUCGGCGGUAGGUGAGACCGACGUUCCAGAGGCGAAGGCUGUCGAGGAACGGCAGAAGGAGGGAUCGAUCGGAUACGACAUAUACCGGGCGUAUUUCCGGGCGAGUGGAGGUACCUUCGUUGUGCUGCUGAUUCUGUUCAUGUUCCUGCUGUCGCAGCUGUGUGCCUCCGGAGGAGAUUAUUUCCUAACCUACUGGGUGAAUAAAGCCGAAGAAAAGCUUCCCGCGGUAUUUGCAACGGGCAACGAGGAUGAGGAUCGUUACAUCGACAUCUACAUUUUCACCGGGCUAACGGUUGCAACGGUUAUUAUUACACUCACCCGAAGCAUGUUCUUCUUCAGGACCGCAAUGAAAGCUUCUCGCAAGCUGCAUGACGCCAUGUUCAACGGCAUCACCCGAGCUUCUAUGUACUUUUUCAACACGAAUCCGUCUGGGCGUAUUCUGAAUAGAUUCUCGAAGGAUAUGGGCCAGAUAGACGAGUAUCUGCCCAGCGUGACGGUGGACGUGAUACAGAUUUUCCUAUCGCUGAUAGGAAUCGUGGUCGUAGUUGCGAUCGUCAAUCCGUACAAUCUCAUCCCGACGGUCGUGAUCGGUAUCAUAUUCUAUUUCAUGCGAGCCUUCUAUCUGCUCACAUCGCGUAACAUUAAGCGAGUGGAAGCGAUCACACGAUCGCCAAUCUAUUCUCAUCUGUCGGCCUCAUUGUCUGGUCUGUCUACUAUCCGUGCCUUUGGUGCAGAAAAGGUGCUUGUACGAGAGUUCGAUUCCCACCAGGAUCUUCACAGUUCCGCGUUCUACCUCUUCAUCUCGACGUCGCGUGCGUUCGGAUUCUAUCUGGACGUGUUCUGUGUGAUCUACAUCGCGAUCGUGACGCUAACGUUCUUCAUUCGCGGUGAUAGCGGCGGAAAUGUCGGUUUGGCCAUUACGCAAGCCCUCGGAAUGACGGGCAUGGUCCAGUGGGGCAUGCGACAGUCGGCUGAGCUGGAAAAUACAAUGACCUCGGUGGAGCGCGUUGUGGAGUACGAUAACGUCGAUCCAGAGCCGGCACUCGAAGCGGAACCGGAUAAGAAACCACCAAAGGAGUGGCCCCAAGAGGGACGAAUCAAGUUCGAAAAGGUUACGCUUCGUUACAGCCCCGACCCGGACAGUGAUUUGGUGCUACGUGAUUUGAACUUCGAAAUUGAACCACGUGAAAAGAUCGGCAUCGUCGGUAGGACGGGCGCAGGAAAGUCGUCGCUGAUCAACGCCCUCUUCCGGUUGUCGUACAACGGAGGUUCGAUCGUGAUCGAUGCUCGCGACACGUGUCAGCUGGGAUUGCAUGAUUUGCGGGCGAAGUUGUCGAUCAUUCCGCAGGAACCGGUGUUGUUUUCAGGAACACUGCGCUACAAUCUCGACCCAUUUGACGAGUAUCCGGACGAGAAGCUUUGGCGAGCGCUUAAGGAAGUUAAGCUGGAAGAGGCUGUGAACGAGCUACCUUCUGGACUGUCUUCGAAGAUCAACGAGGGUGGCAGUAAUUUCAGUGUGGGCCAGCGACAGCUUGUCUGUCUUGCGCGAGCAAUUUUGCGUGAGAACAAGGUGCUGGUGAUGGACGAAGCAACUGCGAACGUCGACCCGCAGACCGACAAGCUGAUCCAGCAGACGAUUCGGGAAAAGUUCAACGACUGUACAGUAUUGACGAUAGCCCACCGAUUGAACACCGUCAUGGAUUCGGACAAAGUGCUUGUAAUGGACGCGGGUCGUUGUGUCGAGUUCGGCACGCCCUACGAGCUACUGACAACUGAAGGAGGACCCAAAGUUUUCUAUGGCAUGGUCAAGCAGACAGGAAAAAGCACGUUUAACACACUACUUAAGAUAGCGGAAGAGUCUCAUAAUCAAAAGCAGCAGUCGCAGCAGAAAACCGAAGCAGUAUCGGCAAACUAAGAACGUGCCAAGCAUGCGAUUUGUGACAGCAGAGUGUAGUUCGUAAGAGUUAGGUUUCGUUAAUGCAGAAAAUCUCUUGUCACGUUUCUAUAAUGUGAAUGGUGGGUCAAAACAGCCCCACGAAGAGGCGGCUCAGAAAACCUCGUGCUUAAAGUGGCCUUUACUUAAAGUAAUAAGUAACAUUGAACAAAUUCUGUCCUUUAGCGUUUAAAUGUUUAUGGUGGCGUAAGAAGUAUAACCUCCUCUCACCAAUUGCCGGUGCGGUUUAGUUUAUGUAGAAAAGUUAAGCUAAUACUUGCUGUGCGUGGAAAUUCUGUGGAUCUUCUCGUGCUUGUGUGUACACCUGUAGCGAGUGCCUAAUGUAAAUCGAUUGUGAGUUUAGCUGUAUUACCUAGAUUUAUCAACACACUCGACGUGAAAAUCGAUGAUGCAUGUAGAAUGUUCGUAAAACGUUUACUGUUCUUUCAAGCGUGCUAUGUCGAUGUUAGAGACUUACAAAAAGGAAAGGUAUAUUAGUGCUUAAAGAUUUUUCCGCGCCCAGCAGCGCUGUCGGUGUAUGUUACGUUCAUUUGGUGCCUUAAACAAUACACAUCUCAGCGACCACACUAGGUUUAAAGUUAAGUUAUUCAACCCGUAAGUAAAAAAAUACAGAAACACGAUCAAAUAAAUCAUAUCUGUGUAUCACUGUCGAGCGCUC